AGUAAACCGGAAGUUUUUAACUGCGCCUGUCAGUCACGUGACUCGCUGCAUGUAGCAGUCCUCGGAGAGACGCCUCUGUCUAUAUUAAUAUUAGCCAGUGGACUAAAUUGACGGCAUUUUCAGUGUACAAGAAAAUGUGGGAAGGACCAGGACAAGGACCCAGAGGAAGACCUCCAUUUUGGGAUAAUCAUCAUGAAGACAUGUAUGGAAGAAAUCGCCCUACGCCUGAUUUUAGGGGUCGAGAUGAGAUGAUGGGCCACAUGGGUCCCCCUCUAGAUCGACCACCAAUGGACAUGAGGAGGAUGGAAGGUCCACCAAUAAGAGGCCACGACAUGGAUCCGUGGGAUAUGUGUGACAGAGAGCCAAACAGAGAUUAUUGCAGACCAGAUCAAAGGCCAGAUUACAGUUUCAGAGAGCAGUAUGAUGGCAAUGUCAGAGACACAAUCAUGAAUUCACCAGGUUUCAUGGGACCUGACAGGAACUCUGUUAAUAUUGGAGGCAGAGAUAUGCAAAACAGCAGAUUUAUGGACAUGAGAGGCAGGGACAUAUUUCCUGAUGAAAUUUCAUGGUUAAAUAAUCCCAACGUGGAUGACAGAAGAGGCUUUCCCAUGGAUCGAAUGGACAACAAUGAUGGAUUUAGGGACACGUGGCCUCCAAUAGAGACUGGUGAUAACGAUGGUUUUCAUAUGGAAAUGUCUCCCCAUGAAAGAAUGACGAUGGACUUUGACAGAAGAGGACCGCCACCGUGUAAUCAAAGAGGUGUAUUUGAUUCUGAUAGGGAUUUUAGGAAUCACCCUCCACCCCAGGCUGAAUUUGGAGGCAGGGAGCGCUCUCCAUUAAGAUUUGGGAAUGAUGUUCCUCCAAAGGACAGGACACGAUCUGAGAGGCCUGUAGAUGCAGCUGAGUUACAAAGUUCAGUCUUAACGAGUACAGAAAAGCUGCCCAGAAUUAGAGAGGGUACAGAUUCAAGUGGUAGUCCCCUUAUGGACUAUCGAAGUGGGGAAGAGAUGACUCUUGCAGAGGAAUGGAAGAAGCGACAAAAGAAGAAAAACCCUUACCCUGAUGUGAAUAAAAGUAAAGAAGGUGCAUCUGAGCCUGCUUACAUUUCCGGUUUUAGGAGAGACGUGAACAGUACAGGUCCACUCCCAUUUGCAGAGAGGGACAGACCACCCUUUGACUUCCCAGGAAAAGAUGUCCCCUUCUCACAUGGUGGCGACUUUACUCCAAUGAGUAGAAACCCCCCACAAGACACUAGACUACUUGCAAGAACUCCCCUUCCUGUCACGUCUGUAAGACAAAAUGAGGAUAAACACUGGCUUUCAGAAAGACCCUCACAACAAAGUCCACUCAAAUCCACGCUGUGUGAAGCGAUCCAUCGAGACAAAAACCUGCCCACUCAUGAGACAGUGAAACCAAAUGAUAGUUUUAAGCGACCAAACAAAGAUAUUCCACAAAGUGAGUCACAGACAAGGGGCAAUAUAGAAAAACUAGAGGAUUUCCAAAACCGUAGCACCGUAAAGGCCAGGGAUCAAGACUAUAGAGACAUUGAUUACAGGACAGGUUCUGUAAGAAACUUAGAGUUCAAACCGGAGGAUCUCCAAACAACACAACCGAUUAAGGAGUCCAAACCAGCUAUGCCUCUAGAAUUCAGUGAAUCUGGUUCUAAGGAUCAGGACUAUAGGAAUGCCUCAGUGGAAGACAAAGUGUCCACAACUAUAUCCAUUUUUGGGAUUCCAAAGACUGCUACGAUGGAGCAGAUUCUUGGCGCUUUAACAGUCCCGGAUGGUGUGCCACAACAGGGGAUGAAGAUAAAAAACAUUGUCCCAGGUUACAGCUACGAUACGGCCUAUGUGGAGUUUUUAAACCUCGAGGAUGCAGUCCACUUCAUGGAGUCCAACAAGGGGUCCCUAAAAAUUGGCACUAAAGCUGUUUCCAUGAGCUACUCCCAUCCAAAUCAGCAUGAUAUACGUGUUAAUGAAGCCCAUCAGACCUUACCUGCAGCCCAGCCAUCACAAUUGUCCAGACCUGACCAACCCCGAGAAGACUUUGAGCCCAGCCUAAAUGAGUCCACACCAAAAGGCCCCCUUGAGCCUUUAGCCACCACCCAGUGGCAGCGCAACUCUGACCUGACCCCAGAAGCCUGGCAGCAGCAGGUGGACCAGCAAUUUCAGCAGCAAGAAAGUGAGAAGGAGGCUGAAUCCUGGGGCAACCAUAGCACUUCUCAACAAAAGUCCCAUCAAUCUAAAUCGGUUUUUAAGAAUAGUAAAACCAUGAUCAUAAAAAAUAUAAAGCCCACCACCACAGUGGAGACCAUCCUCAAAGCCUUGGAUCCCUUCGCAUAUCUAGAUGAGAGGAACGUCCGCCUCAUCAAAGCCAAGACACCUGGAGCAAACUGCUUCUGCUUUGUUGACAUGGACUCCCAUGAGCAAGUGACUCGCUUGGUUGAUCUUCUGCUGACAAAACCUGUUCCCCUUUGUAUCGAUGGAGUCAGAGUGUAUGCAGAGGUUGCCAGACCCCUAAAGAACCAAAAUUUCAGACAAGAGCCUGUGCAACCAAACAGUUCUUCCCCAGGGUGUCCACCUCCAGCUAACGUGAUUGAGAAACCACAUCAGUUGUUCCAGCCUCCACCUUUUCUGCAGCCACCUCCUGGAAUGCAAGCUGCCUGCAGUUAUCCACCUUUGUCUGCAGAUCCCAGUCAGGGAGCAGCCUACGACACAAGCAAAACUCUGGAUCCGUCCUGCCACGCGACUAAAGAUCAUGUGCCAGCUGAUUCCACUGCCAGCCUAGACCCAUUAAAAAGCUUUACAUAUGAUCCUGACACUCCAGAUAUGUCAAACUACCUUUAUGACGCCACAUCUGGCUUCUUCUAUGACCCCGAGACCACCCUGUACUUCGAUCCUGGCUCCAGAUACUUCUAUAACGCUCAAAACCAAGAGUAUCUCUACUGGGAUGCUGUGACUAAAAUGUAUGUCCCGGUGCCUGGAGGGACCCCCACAGAGAUCCAAUCUGUAACCAUGACUGCCGAAGACCAGGCCAUUCUCUCCAACCCUGCCGCAGAUGCUCCCCUUGACAUGAAGAAACCGUCAGCCGAUCCAAUUCUUACCACUGCUCCUCCACAACCACCCGUCUCAGCCGGCAGCUUUAAGCAAGAGGCUGGCCAGACUUCAUCUCCUGACAAGAAAGAAGAGGACGACUUGACUAGAAAAGACAAAGACAACAAGGAUGAGAGGCCAAAAAGUCUUGCUGCUGUUAAGAUCAUGAAAGAUAUGGAGCGCUGGGCAAAAAUCCAAAACCGCCAAAAGGAAGGCGUCCGUUCUCAGUCUCCUUUGCUAAAAAGUGGAAUGGACGACGAUAGGAGACAGUCCAAGUCAGCGGAUGCCGGUUUUGCAAUUUUUGAGAGGAAGAAUGCAGCUGGUGAAGAUCUCUUUAAGAAACCUCUCACCCCACUGAAAAAAGAAAAGUCAAAGCUGCCAAUCGGCUCCUUGGGAAUGCUGGCGUCAGACUACGCUGCAGGAAGUGACGAAGAAGUGGAGGAGGACAAGGAGGACGUGGCAAAGAGCGACCAGGUCAAACCGUGUGAGGACAAGGAGGACAAGCUGACCGACUGGAAGAAGAUGGCGUGUUUGCUGUGCAGGAGACAAUUUCCUAACAAGGACGCUCUGAUCCGCCAUCAGCAGCUCUCCGACCUCCACAAACAAAACUUGGAGAUCCACCAGAAGAUCAAGAAGUCCAAGAAGGAGCUAGAGGCCCUGGAGAACCAGGAAAAAGAAGUACGUCCAAUGAAAAAACUGAGCACCAGAGAAACUGUCAGGUCACCUGACCAGAAGAAGAGGAAAAAUUACCAACAGCAGUCUCAGCAUCAAAACACCUGGGCUGCAGGAUCGAGAGAGACCAGUAAAGUCAGUGAGCGACCAGGUUUAGGCUCAGAACCUCCUCCACCUCGCCGUCAGAAGAAAGAACACGCCGCUUGGGACCACGCCACCUACAAGCAAGCAGUUCGCAAAGCCAUGUUUGCACGCUUCAAGGAACUGGAGUGAAGUUUGUUGCAAUGGACAAUACUUGUUUUAUGUACUGUAAAAACCUAACACUCGCUGGACUUUUUUUAUUUGACUUCCUCAUUUUUGGUGUGCAUUUUGUACAAUUGGCACAUUUUUACAUAAAACACAUCAACUGAA